UCUAUAUAUAGAUUGAUCCAUCCAUCUAUCUAGCUCACAUACACAAACAACUCAUUUUUAUUUUCACGUAUCGGUAACUAAUGGCACCUAGUAGGGUGUUUGUAGUUGGAUUCGUGCUCGCUUUUCUCUCUGUGACGGCCUCUGCUGGUAUCGUGGAGACUUCAUUUCAUGUGAAGAAUUUAACGGCGAAUCGAUUAUGUGAAGAUCACGUGAUCACAGCCGUUAAUGGAAGCCUUCCGGGGCCAACGUUGAGAGUGAAGGAGGGUGACACCGUUAUUGUUCAUGUCUUUAACAAAUCUCCUUACAACCUUACUAUUCAUUGGCAUGGGGUUUUCCAAAGGCAAAGUCAAUGGGCGGAUGGUCCUGAAUUCAUUACUCAAUGCCCAAUCAGGCCCGGAGGUAACUAUACUUACAAGUUCCAUAUGAUUGAACAAGUGGGCACACUUUGGUGGCAUGCACACUCCAAGUGGCUCCGAGCAACCGUAUAUGGUGCUCUUGUCAUCCGCCCACGAGAUGGCCAAAAGUAUCCUUUCGUUAAGCCCUAUCGCGAAGAUACAAUUAUGUUGGGAGAAUGGUGGAAUGCUAACCCUAUCGAUGUUGAGGACGCUGCACAAGCCGUAGGAGCCGCACCUGCUAACGCUGAUGCUUAUACCAUCAACGGGUGGCCUGGUGAUUUGUUUAACUCCUGCCGUCCAAGCAAAAUAUACAAGCUCGACGUUGUACCAGGAAAAACAUACUUGUUGCGAAUAAUCAAUGCUGCGCUCAAUAAUCAGUUCUUCUUCAAGAUAGCCAACCACAACCUAACAGUGGUUGGGGAGGAUGCAGCCUACACCAACCCAUUCCCCACAGACGUUAUCGUCAUUGGUCCAGGUCAAACCACCGACGUCCUGUUAACCGCAAACCAGUCACCAGGAUUAUACUACAUGGCGGCUCAUCCAUACGCCAGCGCAGCUGGUGUUCCAUUCAACGCCAACAUCACCACUGCAAUCCUUGCUUACCCGAACGCCACACAAACAACACCGAUUCUUCCAGUCCUACCCGCCUUCAACGAUACACCUACAGCCUUUGCUUUUUCAAGCAAUAUAACCGCACUUGUCACCAGCCCUUUCUGGUCACCCGUCCCACAAAAAGUCGACGAGAACAUGUUUGUAACCAUCGGACUGGGGUUAUCAGUUUGCGGCACCAACCAAACGUGCCAAGGGAUAUUUGGGCAAAGAAUGUCCGCAAGCAUGAACAAUCAUUCGUUCGCUCCACCAACAAGCAUGUCUAUUUUAGAAGCUUUGUUUAGAAAUGUUAGUGGGGUUUACACCACUGAUUUCCCCGAUCAACCACCCUUGGUGUUCGACUACGUAAACGUUAACAAUAGCUUUAAUCAGACUCUUUUGAUGACACCCAAGUUAACAAGUGUCAAGAAACUUAAGUUCAAUGCUACGGUUCAGUUGGUGUUCCAGAACACAGCCUUGGUUGGUAUUGAAAAUCACCCCAUGCAUUUGCAUGGUUUCAACUUCUACGUCUUGGCUCAAGGCUUCGGGAACUACGAUCCGGUUAACGACUCCAAGAAGUUCAAUUUGGUGAACCCACAGGAGCGGAACACGCUUGGAGUUCCCGUCGGUGGUUGGGCUGUCAUCAGAUUCCGAGCCAAUAAUCCAGGUGUGUGGUUUAUUCACUGUCAUUUGGAUGUACAUUUGCCAUGGGGUUUGGCCACCGCUUUCGUGGUGGAGAACGGAGGUACGCCGGAAUCAACGCUGCCACCGCCACCUGCGGACUUUCCUAAGUGCUAGCUGAGCCCAUAAUUUGUUCAUAAAAUGGAAUUAUAUAUAAAUUCAUGUACGUGUAUGAUUUGUUAUGUUUUCAGUUUAUAUUCAUUUGUUGUACCCUCUUUUGGAUUGUAUUGCUUGUUCAUCGCCUAAAUAAUGAAUUGGAGAUUUUUCCAGGAAUGAA